AUGGUGGCCUAUAAUCCUAACGUUCACAGUGACUAUAUUCUGAUUACUUUCUGGAACCAGUUGUCUUCUGCCACAAACUUCUCAAUUGAUAGCAGCACCUGCAGCUCGGCCAAUGUAGCCGCAUCCUUCCGCCGCCACUUUCCAUUUUCAUGCUCUGGACACGGUAGCAGCAGCUUUGGUAGUGGGUGUACAGGCAGUGGUGGAAGCGGCAGCCUCAUUGAGGCCGGACUUCAUAUUUUUCCACCAGCUGAUCUUAACAUGGGCGGAUCGGGAUCUGGUUCCGGGUCAGUGCCAGAUGAUGUUCCUCCUCCUAAGUUCACUCACAACUGGGUAGCUUCAUUGAGGCCAAAGCAACAACAGACUCCGCCUCAGCAUCCAUCGCUGCAGUGCCACUAUGAAUCGCAGUCAAGACUGAAAAACCUGCAAUUGAUAGAGCAGAAACACCAGCGGCGACAGCCUCAUCAUUCUUCACCUUCGUCUGGGCAAGUGGCGACCUGGCAUACACUUACCACCUCUCAACCUGCUUCACCUUCGCACUCUGUUUCUCCAGGCGCCUAUAGUCCCGAGCAGUGCCUCCUGACCACCGCACAAAUGCCGCCGGCCUCGUCCUCCUUUCGUCGCUCCACUUGCCACACUACCUCUCCAGAUCCAUGGCCACAUCCCCAACAGACAGACUUGCUAAUACGGCAAUCGCAAAAGCGUAACUGUCUGUCGAAGCAUUUUUCGUCACUUGCUAGUGCUCGAUCUAGUCUCUUUUUUCAUCGAAUUCCUUUUUUUAGCUCCAUCCUUCUUCACCAAGACCAUCGGCAGCGACAUCCUCUAAAAUUUGCCUCAAAGUACGAGCCUCCACUCUGCCUGGAUUCAACAGACCAGAAAGGCGAUUAG